AUGGCUGACCUCUCUGACGUUCCUAUUGAAGUGUCUAAAGUGUUCGACACCAUCUUGGUGUUGGACUUCGGUUCUCAAUAUUCCCAUUUGAUCACUCGUCGUCUUCGUGAGUUCAAUGUUUACGCUGAGAUGUUACCUUGUACUCAAAAGAUCAGUGAAUUGACUUGGAAACCAAAAGGUAUCAUCUUGUCUGGUGGUCCUUAUUCUGUAUACGCUGAAGAUGCUCCUCACGUUGAUCAUGAAAUCUUCAAAUUGGGUGUUCCAAUCAUGGGUAUCUGUUAUGGUAUGCAAGAAUUGGCUUGGAUUAACGGUAAGGGUGUCGCCAGAGGUGACAAGAGAGAAUACGGGCCUGCUACAUUGACAGUUGAAGACAAGUCUUGUCCUUUGUUUGAUGGUGUUGAUCACUCCCAAGUUUGGAUGUCUCACGGUGACAAAUUGCAUGCUUUACCAACUGGUUACAAGGUUGUUGCAACCUCUGAUAACUCCCCUUUCUGUGGUAUUGCUCACGAAACCGAACCAAUCUUUGGUAUUCAAUUCCACCCUGAAGUUACUCACUCUGCCCAUGGUAAAGUUUUGUUGAAGAACUUUGCUGUCAAGAUUUGUCAAGCCAAUCAGAACUGGUCUAUGGAAAACUUUGUUGACACUGAAAUUGCCAGAAUUAGAAAGUUGGUUGGUCCAACUGCUGAAGUCAUUGGUGCCGUCUCUGGUGGUGUUGAUUCCACUGUUGGUGCUAAGAUUUUGAAAGAAGCUAUUGGUGAUAGAUUCCAUGCCAUUUACGUUGACAAUGGUGUUAUGAGAUUGAAUGAAACUGAAACUGUCUACAAGACCUUGACUGAAGGGUUAGGUAUCAAUUUAACUGUUGUUGAUGCCUCUGAUUUAUUCUUGGACAGAUUGAAGGGUAUCACUGACCCAGAAAAGAAGAGAAAGAUCAUUGGUAAUACUUUUAUUCAUGUUUUUGAAGAUGAAGCUGCCAAAAUUACCCCUAAGGAUGGUUCUGAAAUCGAAUUCUUAUUGCAAGGUACUUUAUACCCCGAUGUCAUUGAAUCUAUUUCAUUCAAGGGUCCUUCUCAAACCAUCAAAACCCACCACAAUGUCGGAGGUUUGUUAGAAGACAUGAAAUUGAAGUUGAUUGAACCAUUGAGAGAAUUGUUCAAAGAUGAAGUCAGACAUUUGGGUGAAUUGUUGGGUGUUCCAACAGAUUUGGUCUGGAGACAUCCAUUCCCAGGUCCAGGUUUGGCUAUCAGAGUUUUAGGUGAAGUUACCAGAGAACAAGUUAAGAUUGCCAGAGAAGCUGAUGCUAUUUUCAUUGAAGAAAUCAAAAAGGCUGGCUUGUACAGACAAAUUUCCCAAGCUUUUGCUGCCUUAUUGCCAGUUAAGUCUGUCGGUGUCAUGGGUGAUCAAAGAACUUAUGAACAAGUUAUUGCUUUAAGAGCCAUUGAAACUCAAGAUUUCAUGACUGCAGAUUGGUUUGUUUUUGAAGCUGCGUUCUUGAAGAAGGUUGCCUCCAGAAUUGUCAAUGAAGUUGAUGGUGUUGCUCGUGUCACUUACGAUAUCACUUCAAAGCCUCCAGCCACUGUUGAAUGGGAGUAA